AUGGGGGCACCUAUGGCUCCCAUGUACGCAAACGUGUUUAUGUAUACAUAUGAAAAAAGACAUAUUCUCACACAGUAUGGAGAACAUUACUUCCGUUUCAUCAACGACAUCCUCCUUCUUUGGAUUGGCAGCACUGAAGAAUUCAACUUGAUGAUGCAAAAUCUCAACUCUCUACCCUCCCCUGUAAGGUUCAUAUUUGAAACCAGUACCACACACAUUAACUUCUUGGACUUACAAAUUUUUGUUACAGGGAAACAGUUUAGGGAUACACUCUGCUCCAAACCUACCGACAGCAAUACUAUUCUUCACGCUUCAAGCUUUCAUCCAACGAAUUUGAAAGACUCUCUACCGAUAUUCCAGUUCAUCAGAGUCUUACGCAAUAACUCUGAUCAUUACAUUGCAGAAACACAAAUCAAAGAUAUGUUUACAAAAUUCCUAACCAGAGGAUACUCUAAAACAUGUUUGAACUUGGCAUACACCCGAGCUGUCAAAUCUAUCACAGAAAACAAGAUCCAUCAAGCCAACGGUGAACGAUUCAUCUUCCCUCAAGCAUUCCACUCUGAAUCAUGA